AUGGAUUUUCAUGGAAUGAAGAGGAAGAAGCUACAAGUCCUCUGCAAGAAGCAUGGCAUCCCUGCGAAUCUGAAGAACGUAGAGAUGGCUAACAGGCUCGCUUCUCUGUUCCAUGAUGAUCAGACAACUCCGGCAAAGUUUAAAACAAUGAGUGAUAUACUGAGUACAUGUUCAGCUAUUGAAUCUCAACAAGAUGGAGCCUCUGCUGAUGACGAAUCCCUGGUCCGUGAGAAGAUAGAUGAAACUCUUGUCAACACUGAGACUAUCACUUCAGAAGAAGAAGAAAUGGAGAUCAGUAAGGUCGGUUGUAUGAGUGUUGAUCAUUGUGUUAGCAACACUGAGUCCGAUCUAGGCAUGCCUAAAUACAACACUCAUGGGAGUAGCAGUGGUGAAGAACAAGCAGAGAUCCAUAAGGUUGGUCGUCUCAGUGCUGAAGAACAAGAAGAGUCUCAUGAUGUUGUUUUCACAACUCCUGAACAAGUUCUAUUGCUUGGUGAUUCUGUGGUAGAUGAAGUGACUGAUGGAGAACAGAGAAGCGAGCCUGUUAGCCAUCUCUAUGUUCGUGCCGGCACUGAUGGAGAAGAAAAUAAUAAUAUGACCGUUGAGCUGCUUCACUGUGAAUCUGGAACUAUCACUAGCCCAAAUAGACAUGCACUCUUGGGAAGUUUUGUACCAGAGAAUAGUGGAGGAAGCAAAGUAAUGGAUCUUCUUGAAGAGGAAUCUGUUCUCACUGGUCUUGAGGAGAGAAAUGAGUUUCUUGGAGAGGGUGAAAUAAAAAAGCACACUCCUAAAGAGUCUGAACUGGAAGAAGCUGCUAAAAGUGAAGAGUUGCAAGUUGAUUGUAACAAUAUCAUUGGUGCCAAUAAAAAUGCUAAGUGUCAUGAUAUGUCAGAUGUUGUCACUGCUUCUGAGCCACACACUGCUUGCAAGCAAGACAGAGAGGAAGUGGGGUUCAAGGAUGAGUCUGCCUUCUUCACUAGGCUUGAGACUUCUUUACUUCUGGGAGAGUCUACAGAAGACAGGACUGGUAACGACAAGUCUGGCUUAAGACCUCAUGAUUCUUCUGUCAAAGUUAUUUUUAAAGAUGACAGUAUGGUUCGUGGAAGUCACGUACCAGCUCUGGAUUUAGGGGAAAACACAACCAUGGAUACGGAAAGAAAAUCUUCCUUCAGUUCCCAUGUUCUUGCUGAAGCAUGUUCCUUGGCGCCUGAAGAAACUAGCCCUUUCACAUACAUUCAUGAUCAGAUAAACGAUGAAUUUGAGGAAUUGGCAAUAACAGAUGAACUCAUAGAAACAAAGGUAACAACUCAAAGAGAUGACAAGGACAUUCUCAUGGUGGACUCAGGUGUCUCUUCUGUUUCUGAAAAGGGGGAUGGACACUUAGCUUUGUAUAGCCUUCAUAUAAACUGUGGUGGUGAUGAACUAACAAUCAAUAGGACUAAGUAUGAAGCCGAUAAUUCGGAUAACAUCUACUUUCAAAGUGGAACCGGUUGGGUUUCUAGCAACACCGGGAGCUUCUUGAAUGAUGAACGGCAUCUCAAAGUACCAACCAUAUUGAAAAAUUCACCAGAGCUUAAGAUACAAGACCCUAGUGCUUAUUUCAUGUCUCUCGGCCAUUUCCCUCACUUACAAUGCAUUUUUUUCUUGGAGAUGGAAGCUAUACGGUUAAUCUUCAUUUUUGCUGAAAUCAUGUUCGGUGACAAUGGAAACCAAUAG